UGUCCCGCAGGCAGGCAGCAUUCCGGGCGGAGAGAGUGAGAGAAAGACACUGGAGCUCCGAGGCCGCACACUGUCACGUCUACCGCCGCAGAACAGGAGCUGAGAGUCCGGAGCAGCGGCCUCGGUCCAGCAGGGUAUGGGCUCUCCAGGCCAAACACCACGGCAAGACAUGGAUCUCUGAGCUGCUCUGUUUCAUCCAUCUCCUUUUGCUGCCUUGCGUUCUGCUCGCCUCAACCAGCUCCUCUGCCCCUGCUAGAGCGGUUUGGCUCAGACUCCUUUCAGAGAAGAAGAAGAAGGGGGGAAAAACACAAACCCAAGUGGGAGGGCGUAGUAAGCUUCCCCCAGCUGCCGUGCAGACACACACAUGCUGCAUUACUGCCAUUCCCCAAGCCCUGCUCCAUCCAUCCCUAGGGCACGGCCACUAGCCUGCUAGCGAGCUAGCACUUGGCACCAAAAGAAGGCCUGUCCUCGGGUGUAAAGAAAAAUACAAACAGACUGUGUACACUUGGCCCUUCCUUUCCUUCUCCCUUUGCCAGUGAGCCAGGCACAUUCCCACCAACUGGGGCUUCUUUAGUUUAGCUGUCAUUCCCGCUGCUCCGAGCAGUGGAGGGUUGUGAGUCGCCAGCCAGUCGGUCACUCGGUCAUUCAGCGCGGCGGACUGAGGAAGCCGCAGGAGUUAUUUAAUCCGAGGCCGGGAUGACGGAGCCCAGCAUGGAGCACUGCCUGGCCCUGGUCCUGCAGAAGGAUGUGGGCCGACGGCUGCAGGUGGGACAGGAGAUCUUAGAUUACAUCUUGGACAAGGAGAAAUCUCACGACCUGGAGCAGGAUCAGACGGCGCUGGACAAGAUGGUGGACGGCAUCGCCAGCUCCUGGGUCAACUCCAGCCACUUUAAGGUGGCGCUGCUCGGCCUGGACCUGUUAUCUGCCUUAGUGACGAGGUUACAGGAGCGGUUCAAGGCCCAGGUGGGAACAGUCCUGCCCAGCCUCAUUGAUCGUCUGGGAGAUGCCAGAGACCAAGUGAGAGACCAGGACCAAACAGUGCUGCUGAAGAUCAUGGAGCAAGCUGCCACCCCACAGUACGUCUGGGACAGGAUGCUGGGAGGCUUCAAACACAAGAACAACAGGACCAGAGAAGGAUUGUGCCUUUGCCUCAUCUCCACACUGAACACAUAUGGAGCUCAAAGCCUGACCCUCAGUAAAAUUGUUCCCCACAUAUGUAAUCUCUUGGGGGACCCCACAAGUCAGGUGCGUGAUGGAGCCAUGAGCUCCUUGGUGACGAUCUACAGACACGUGGGCGAGAGGGUGAGGAUGGAUCUCAGCAAAAAGGGCCUGCCGCAGUCACGGUUGAAUGUAAUCUUCAGCAAAUUCGAUGAAGUCCAAAGAUCCGGGAACAUGAUCUCAUCUUCUGGCUCAGAUAAGAACUUCGAGGAUGAGGACUCUGUGGACGGAGGCCGGUCCUCCUCCUCCGCCUCCUCCAAAGCACCCCCCAGUGGCAGGAGGACUGUAGUGAGCUCUGUGAGAAGACCCAGCUCAGCCACCUCUUCUAAGCCUACAAAUAAAGAAGCAGCAGCUGGUGCAGUCGAUGAAGAGGAUUUCAUCAAGGCCUUCACAGACGUUCCCACUGUUCAGAUCUACUCUAACAGAGAGUUCGAGGACCAGCUGGGAAAGAUCAGAGAAGUGCUGAACGAUGACAAACACGACUGGGAGCACCGGGUGGUGGCGCUGAAGAAAGUGCGUUCGCUUGUAUUCGCUGGCGCCAUUGAAUACGAGGGGUUCUCUCAGCAGCUGCGUCUCCUGGAGGCUCCUCUGAAGAUGUCAGCCAAAGACCUGCGCUCUCAGGUGGUCCGCGAGGCCUGCAUCACACUGGGACAUUUGUCAUCACUUCUGGGAAACAAGUUUGACCACGGAGCCGAGAGCAUCAUGCCCACGCUGCUGAACCUGGUGCCCAACAGCGCCAAGGUCAUGGCCACGUCCGGGGUGGUCACCAUCCGCCUCAUCCUCAGGAACACACACUACCCACGUCUCAUUCCCAUCAUAACCAGUAACUGCCUCUCCAAAUCAGUGGCAGUAAGACGACGCUGCUAUGAGUUCCUAGACCUCAUGUUACAAGAGUGGCACACCAACACCCUGGAGAGACACGUGGCUGUUCUGACGGAGACCAUCAAGAAAGGAAUUCACGAUGCCGACUCUGAGGCCAGAUCCAUCGCCAGAAAGUGCUACUGGGGCUUCCACGGUCACUACAGCCGGGAGGCGGAGCAUCUGUUCCAGGCGCUGGAGUCGCCCUAUCAGAAGGCCCUCCAGUCUCACCUGAAGAGCUCGGACAGCAUCGUGUCUCUGCCCCAGUCCGACCGGUCCUCGUCCUCCUCCCAGGAGAGUCUGAACCGACCUUUGUCUGUGAAGAGCGUCAUCGGAGGAAGCAUGACAAGGAAUAAGCUGGUUCCCUCCAGGGUGUCCACCACACCGGGUUCCCUCCAGCGCUCACGCAGCGACAUCGAUGUGAACGCAGCCUCCAGCUCCAAGUCCCGCUUGUCCACCGUGCCCGCCGCCUCCUCAGCAUUCAGCUCUGCAGCCGCCCUCCCUCCGGGGUCCUACGCCUCAUUAGAUGGCACUCCUGGUAAAAGUGAUGGUCGUGUUCGGACCAGGAGACAAAGCUCCGGCAGCUCGGGUGGAGUCAAUACUUCAUUGGUGGACAGCAGGGGGCGAAGUCGAGCCAAAGUGGUCUCCCAGUCCCAGCGAUCCAGGUCAGCCAAUCCCAUCAGUGCUGGCAGUCGCUCCAGCUCCCCGGGAAAGCUGCUCGGCCACGGCAGCUACGGCCGGAUCCCUCGAGCCACGGUGUCGGCCUCCACCACGCCGGCUGACAAGCGCACCAGGAUCCCUCGAAGCCAGGGCUGCAGCCGAGAGACGAGUCCCAGCCGACUGGGUCUGGACCGAUACGGUUUGAUUCAUCAAGCCAGAAUCUCUGCAUCAGUGAACGCCAUGAGGGUCCUGAACACCGGCACCGAGGUGGAGGCAGCCGUCGCCGAUGCUCUGCUAUUAGGAGACUCCAGGAAUAAGAGGAAGCCACUGAGGCGGCGGUACGAGUCCCCGGGGAUGUACUCUGAUGAUGACGCCAACAGUGACGCGUCCAGCGCCUGCUCCGAGCGCUCGUACGGGUCUCGAAACGGAGGAAUACCUCACUACCUGCGUCAGACCGAGGACGUGGCCGAGGUCCUGAACCACUGCGCCAGCUCCAACUGGUCCGAGAGGAAGGAGGGGCUGAUGGGUCUGCAGAACCUGCUCAAGAGCCAAAGAAUACUGAGUCGAGUGGAGCUGAAGAGACUUUGUGAGAUCUUCACCAGGAUGUUUGCAGAUCCACAUAGCAAGAGAGUGUUCAGCAUGUUUCUGGAGACGCUGGUGGACUUUGUCACGGUGCACAGGGAGGACCUGCAGGACUGGCUGUUUGUCCUGCUCACGCAGCUGCUGAAGAAAAUGGGGGCAGACCUGCUUGGCUCCGUCCAGGCCAAAGUCCAGAAGGCCCUGGACGUCACAAGGGAGUCUUUCCCGUUCGACCAGCAGUUCAACAUCCUGAUGAGGUUCAUUGUGGAUCAGACUCAGACUCCAAACCUCAAGGUGAAAGUGGCCAUUCUGAAGUACAUCGAGUCCCUGGGGCGACACAUGGACCCGACGGACUUUGUCAACUCCAGCGAGACGCGCCUGGCCGUGUCUCGAAUCAUCACCUGGACGACUGAGCCCAAGAGCUCUGACGUCAGGAAGGUAGGAUCAAAUCUGAACGUCAAUCUCUUAAACAUGAAAUAUCCUCUUGAAUAUUUCUAUUUCUUCAAAGUCAUUAAGGAUGUCUUUUAGAAAAUUAGAUUUAGGUCAUACGAGGUGUGAUACAGGACAUGACUGGUACAUGGUGGAAUGUAAUAAAUGUAACACAUGGGAAACCAGUGCUUCCAGUUUAAUGAAAAGUGGAAAGACUGGAUCCUCCAUCUAUAGCAAAACUAACUGCUUUAAGUUAAUUGAUUUAAUUUGUUUUGCCUUCCUAAGAAUGUAGCUGUGCUUAAAAAUCAAUCUGAGCAUUAACUCCACAACAUGUUGUCUACGCCCACACUUUGAAUUACAUUAUUAUUAUUAUUAUUAUUAUUAUUAGUUCUUUAGGAGCUUCUAUACCAGGUGGACCUCGUGGUGACGGCCUUGGCUCAUGGCACAUGUUCCCUUGUCUGACGCACACUAUAUGUUUCUCCCUGUUUGUUUUUCCUUUUUGUUUUUCUUCCAAGUGAAAUCCUCACCUAGUUUCUAAUCAGGGUCUGACGUCCAGGAUAGAAUAGUGACUGUAAUCCUCAGUUUAGACUGUUCCCAUGAGCUACUGGUAGUACUGGGCCUCACUGUGGUGGCCUGUGGCGAGCUGUUCUAGAAGUUAGUGUCAUGCUGUAACGCCCCCUUCUACCUUGCCACUGUGCCCCAGACCCUUCAUAGCUGGGUGAGCGAGGAGCUAGCGGGCAGGUCCAGUACCGCAGCCUUACUGUCCA